AGAAAUGAACCUUCUUUUAGCGGGCGUGUAGCGCUAGCGCGCUGUGACGUACUGUGUGUGGGCCGCCCGGCAGGGCUGACCUAAACCAAUGAGGAAAGGCAAGGGGCCGAUUUGCCUGUUCUCACGCCCCACCCUCAGACCCAGCCAGAGCAAAGUUUCGCUUAUACAAGGGAGAGAAGCGAACAUGGCAGCGCGUUGGUCGUUUUGGUGUGUUUCUGCGACAAUGGCAGUGGCGCUGUUCAUAGUUUACGACGUUCCCUCGGCCUCUGCCCAAAGAAAGAAGGAGAUGGUGUUAUCUGAAAAGGUUAGUCAGCUGAUGGAAUGGACUAACAAAAGACCUGUGAUAAGAAUGAAUGGAGACAAGUUCCGUCGCCUUGUGAAAGCCCCACCAAGAAAUUACUCUGUUAUUGUCAUGUUCACUGCUCUCCAACUUCAUAGACAGUGUGUCGUUUGCAAGCAAGCCGAUGAAGAAUUCCAGAUCCUGGCAAACUCCUGGCGAUACUCCAGUGCAUUCACCAACAGGAUAUUUUUUGCCAUGGUGGAUUUUGAUGAAGGCUCUGAUGUAUUUCAGAUGCUAAACAUGAAUUCGGCUCCAACUUUCAUCAACUUUCCUGCAAAAGGGAAACCCAAACGGGGUGAUACAUAUGAGUUGCAGGUGCGGGGUUUUUCAGCUGAGCAGAUUGCCCGGUGGAUCGCAGACAGAACUGAUGUCAAUAUUAGAGUGAUUAGACCCCCAAAUUAUGCUGGUCCCCUUAUGUUGGGAUUGCUUUUGGCUGUUAUUGGUGGACUUGUGUACCUUCGAAGAAGCAAUAUGGAAUUUCUCUUUAAUAAAACUGGAUGGGCUUUUGCAGCUUUGUGUUUUGUGCUUGCUAUGACAUCUGGUCAAAUGUGGAACCAUAUAAGAGGACCACCAUAUGCCCAUAAGAAUCCCCACACAGGACAUGUGAAUUAUAUCCAUGGAAGCAGCCAAGCCCAGUUUGUAGCUGAAACACACAUUGUUCUUCUGUUUAAUGGUGGAGUUACCUUAGGAAUGGUGCUUUUGUGUGAAGCUGCUACCUCUGACAUGGAUAUUGGAAAGCGAAAGAUAAUGUGUGUGGCUGGUAUUGGACUUGUUGUAUUAUUCUUCAGUUGGAUGCUCUCUAUUUUUAGAUCUAAGUAUCAUGGAUACCCAUACAGCUUUCUGAUGAGUUAAAAAGGAUCCCAGAGAUACACAGACACUGGAGUACUGGAAAUUGAAAAACAAAAGUCAUGUGUGUUUGAAAAGAAAAAUGCAACUUGUAUAUUUUGUAUUACCUCUUUUUUUCAAGUGAUUUAAAUAGUUAAUCAUUUAACCAAAGAUGAUGUGUAGUGCCUUAACAAGCAAUUUUCCGUCAAAAUCAUGAGGUAUUUGAAAAUGAUUCUCCUCUUAACUUUCUCUUCCCAGUGAACUUUAUGGAACAUUUAAUUUAGUAGAAGUAAGUAUAUUAUAAAAUUGGUAAAACUACUACUUUGUUUUAGUUAGAACAAAGCUCAAAACUACUUUA